AUGGGAUCUGGUAGUUCUGUAAAUGCCAACUACAAGUACUCCCUGCAGAAGUCUGAAAAUGCUUUCAAGGCAGCCGUCUUGAUCCAACAGUGGUACCGGCGCUACGUCGCUCGGCUGGAAAUGCGCCGACGUUGUACCUGGAGAAUCUUUCAAUCCAUUGAGUACGCUUGCGAGCAGGAUCAGAUCAAGCUUCACAACUUCUUCAGUUACCUCAUUGACCACUUCACGCCAAGCAGCAGUAAAGAGAGGGAUUUUAUCAGUCGCAUGUUCAUAAGUGGGGAAAGCUUCAAAGAGGCAGAGCUGGAAAAAUACUGUGACUAUGAAUCCAUGGAGGUGCCAGACUCCUACACUGGACCCCAUCUCUCUUUCCCACUCCUUCCUGACCAUGCGACUGCCUUGCUGGAAGCUUUCAAACAGAAACAACAGCUCCACGCUCGCUAUGUCUUAAACCUUCUGCAUGAGACCAGGAAGCACCUCAAGCAGUUGCCAAACAUCAGUCAUGUCUCCACCUGCUAUAGCGAGGAGGUCACCGUGUGUGGAGACUUGCACGGCCAGCUGGAUGACUUGUUCCUCAUAUUUUAUAAGAACGGCCUUCCUUCCCCUUCCAAGUCCUACGUGUUCAACGGGGACUUUGUAGACAGAGGCAAACAGUCCCUUGAGAUCCUCCUCAUCCUCUUUACCUUCCUCUUGAUCUAUCCAAAGGAGGUUCAUCUCAACCGUGGGAACCAUGAGGACCACGUGGUCAACUUACGCUACGGUUUCACCAAGGAAGUAAUGCAGAAAUACAAGGUGCAUGGGAAAAAAAUCUUGAAAAUGAUUCAGAAUGUCUUCUGCUGGCUGCCCCUGGCCACCCUGAUUGAUCAGAAAGUCCUCAUUAUACACGGGGGCAUCUCUGACACCACUGACCUGGACAUGCUUGAGAAAAUUCAUAGGAACAAAUCCCAGCCGGCCCAGACUCCUAGCAAGGCCAACAGGCUGGAGUUCUCCAAGUGGGUCCGGCAGACGGUGCAGGAGCAAAUCGAGUGGUGCCGCCGGCUGGCUGACAUCAGCGACUCGGAGGAGGAGGAGGAGCUCACCUGUGCCAGCGCGGUCUCCUUGACAGAUUUGGAUGGGCCAUGCUGGACUCGCCAGGAGGAGUGGAAGCAGAUUUUAGACAUUCUCUGGAGUGACCCCAUGCCUCAGGAGGGCUGCAGAGUAAAUACAGUGCGAGGUGGUGGCUGCUACUUUGGGCCUGACGUGACAGGGAAGAUCCUUGAGAAGUACAACUUGCAGUUCCUCAUCCGCUCCCACGAGUGCAAGCAAGAGGGCUACGAGUUCUGUCACAACCGGAAGGUGCUGACCAUAUUUUCAGCCUCAAACUACUAUGAGAUUGGCAGCAACAGGGGAGCCUACGUGAAGCUGGGACCGGACCUCGUCCCCCAUUUUGUUCAGUACCAAGCGAACAAGAUGGCCCAUACUCUCACCAUGACCCAAAGAAUCAGCAGAGUAGAGGAGUCAGCCUUUCGAGCCUUGCGGGAAAAGCUCUUUGCUCACACCUCAGCCCUCAUCAGCGCGUUCAAGGCGUACGAUAAGGACAAUACGGGAAGGAUCACGCUCAGCAACUGGGCAAUGGCAGUGGAGUCAGUCUUGCACCUGGGAUUGCCUUGGCGAAUGCUGAGACCACAGCUGGUGCGCAGCACAGCAGACGGCAUGCUGGAGUACAAGUCCUGGCUUGAUGACUUGGCCGUGGAGCAGCGGAGCCAAGAGCACAUCCAGUCGAGCUUGCUGGAAGUCAUUUAUCGAAACAGAUCCAACUUGGAGACCAUAUUCAGGAUCAUAGACAGAGAUCAUUCAGGUCUCAUCUCAUUUGAGGAAUUCCACCAAACCUGGAAGCUGUUCAGCUCCCACAUGAACAUUGAACUCACGGAUGACGGCAUCAAUGACUUAGUUCGCAGCAUUGAUUUCAAUAAGGAUGGAAACAUCGACUUCAACGAGUUCCUAGAAGCCUUCCGCCUUGUCAAACAGUCACAGUAGUGAGAACUUGGUGAGGGUUGCCAUGUCCGAUGCCUUGACUGUCUGCGAAGCCGGGGGACUGCUUCCUACCUAACUGCAGACGCAAAGCAGGGAAAGGGAAGGCAGGUACCUGUAGCAUUUAUUGGUUGAAAACAGUGAGUGCCGUAGCCCACAGCUGUGAU